CGCGAGGGAGGUAGUGCGCGGCGUCCGGCCCCACCAUGCUGACCGCGCUUGCCCCGCCAGCCCUGCCGGGCCUCUUGGGGCGACUGCCCGCGGCCUCCGCGCAGCGCCAGGACUCCUCCGGUUCGUCAGGCUCCUACUACACAGCUCCGGGCUCUCCAGAGCCUCCGGACGUGGGGCCGGACGCGGAGGCCCGAGCGAGUUGGCCCUGGGUGGCCCCAGCGCAGGGGGCGGGCGCGCAGCCUCUCCUGUCCGUCAGCGCCCAGAAUAGCCCCCAGCGGCCUGGGCCCAGCUCGGGUUUCCCGCGAGGCCCCGGCUCGGGCCCGCCGCCACCCCAGCCCCAGCUGCGCAUGCUGCCGUCGGGGGAGAUGGAAGUCAUCUUCGGCGCCGGGCCCCUGUUCAGCCGGUCGGACGCAACAGAUCGCGAAGUGCAACAGCUCACCGCGCGGACCUUCCGCAGCCUCUCGCCGCCUGGGCCGGCGACUACAGCUCCCGCCCCACCACACUCCCAGGACCCCGACAGUGGCUCCCGCUGGGCCACCUACCUGGAGCUGCGUCCCCAAGGGCCGAGUCCCGCCGCCCCCGCACACUUUGAGUGUGUAGAGGUGGCGCUGGAGGAGCGCGCCGCGCCCGCCAGGCCUCGGACUGUGCCCAAGCGUCAGAUCGAGCUGAGACCCCGGCCCCUGAGUCCUCCGCGGGCGGCCGGUCCGCAGCGCCCCCGGCUGCUCCUGCGCACCGGCUCCCUGGACGAAUCUCUCGGCCGCCUGCAGGCCGCCGCGGGCCUCGUGCAGACGGCGCUGGCCAGAAAACUGAGCCCGGCGGUCCCCACCCCGAACAGCUCCACCUCCGGGCCCACGGGGCGGCCGGAGCCUGCGACCCGGGAAACGGCCCGUAGCGCCCGAGUCGUCCCAGAACAGACCAGGUCUCGGCCACCCCGCGUGCACGAUAGUUCGGUCUCUGCCAGAGCCCCACGGCCGUGGCCAAGCCUCCGCGAGCGCGCAAUUCGGCGCGACAAGCCCGCGCCGGGUACUGAGCCGCUGGGCCCUGUCAGCUCCAGCAUCUUCUUACAGUCAGGGGAGAAGACCCAGGAGGUGCGCAACCGGGAACUCAAGACUCGGUUCCCGCCGGAGAUCGCCCCGGAUCGAACCGUCCCGAGGGCACGGAGCCCGCCCUUCGAGACUAGGGCUCCCUGGUUGGUUUCGAAUAGAGCUGUGAGGCCAAGAAGUCCGUCCCCGCCGCGAGAGGCUCCGAAUGGGACCGUGAGGGGUCCUCGCCAGCCGUCCCCACAGUCUCUGUCCCCGUGGGCUGUCGGGAGGGCGAGGAACCCGUCGUUCCCCGAAACUUCCUCUGCACGGGAAAAUCGGAAUCCGGCUGUCGAGGAAACUGUCAGCAGAAGGAGCCCUUCCCCUGCGACCCUUACCCAGUGGAAUCAGGGUGUCGCCAGGACAAGACGUCUGUCCCCCGAAGCUCCUUCCCUGUGGGAGAUUGCGCAUCCGGCAGUUGGGGAUACGGUAGAGGAGAGGAGGAGCGCGUCCCCGCCGGCCUUGUCCCCAUGGGAGGUUCCAGACCGUCCUGUUGGGGGGCCGUGUCGCUCAUCACCUCAAAAGACGUGGGAACCCACCGUGCAAGGUUCAUCGAUAGUAUCUACACAAGGUCUGAAUGGUUUAGCCCAGGAAGAGCAGGCAGCGUCUACGCCAUCUACACCAGGGACCCCGGAGCUAACAGUGGCACAGAGUCCUUCCACCCGGGAGACCCCAGAUCUUGCCUUUCGAGGCAGUCAGCGGUCGCCAGAGGUGGCUGCACCAGAGCCGCCCCGCAGUCAACUCGCGGGCGCCCUGGACACCGACGUGCGUCCGGAAGCUUUGGGCCCUGGAGAAGUGGCCUCAGGACGCCCGCGCGCGGCCAUUCCACGGCCCUGCGACGUGCGUAAGAUGGUGAAGACCACGUACGCCCCAACCUUCCCGGCGGGAACCCCAGGCUCAGGGCUGCCUGCACCUCCUGCCGACCUCUGCGGAGAGGAGGGAGGCUCGUCCCAGGUGCAAGAGUUCCAGGCGCUGGGGUCUCCCGCUCCGGGUCACUACACUUCCAUUUUUCUCAAGGACUUCUUGCCGGUCGUGCCACACCCCUAUGAGCUCUCAGAGUCGACCCCCAGCCCCGACACUCUCUCCCGGGACGCUGCGCAGCCCAGCGGGGUCCCACGGCGGAGAGCAGAAAACAGCACCGCGAAACCCUUCGCGCGCACGGAGAUCCGCCUGCCUGGUGCCCUGGCCUUGGGCCGCCGGCCCGAGGGAACCCGGGUAGUCCGAGCGUGCGGUCCCGGAGGAAAGAACAGGGAUGCGGAGGCCCAGCGCCUCGUUCCCGAGGGAGAAGGUCGGACCAGCCCGUUAGGCGGCGCUCGCACCUCUCCGCAGCGGUCCCCCAAAGGGACAGUGGGGGCCCAACCACCUCGACCACCCCUUCCCAGCUCCCCUCUGGCGCUUCCCAGCUCGAGCUCUGGGAUAUCCCCCAAACUGGAGGCACCCUCUGCGGUCCAUGAGCCCGCGACUGCCGUCCCGCCGCCCCUCGUGAGGGAGACCGAGGCGUCGGCUGGCAGAACCGCUCCGCCCCAGCCCCGCGCUGCUUCGGCGCCCCCCAUGGACCGGCCCCGCGAAGGCCCUUCCCAGGGGUCUCGCAGGCCACCCGGGGCUGCGCAUCCAGGGAAGGUCCUGGUGGACCCCGAGAGUGGCCGCUACUAUUUUGUGGAGGUGCCGCGGCAGCCUCGACUGCGGCUGCUGUUCGACCCGGAGACCGGGCAGUACGUGGAGGUGCUGCUGCCACCCUCGCCCCCGGGGCCGCCCCGCCGCGUGUACACCCCUCUGGCUCUAGGGCCAGGUCUCUACCCGCCCUCCUAUGGGCCUAUCCCUGGCCUCUCACUGCCGCCGUCCCCGGGCCCGCCGGCCCUCAGCAAUCCCCACCUACCCUGGGCCUCUGAGUCAGGGACCCUGGACGGGAUGUACUACCUGCCGGUGAGCGGGACCCCCAGCCCCGCACCUCCUCUGCUUCUCUGUGCUCCGCCCUCCAGCUCAGAUCCCUCCCAGGCCGGCAAGGGCUCCUUAUUUACCGUGUGAGGCCCCAGUACCUACCUGAUCUUCAUAGUGUUGGGGCCUGCUGAUAGCCUGGGAGAUUCUGGCAUCCAGCCCCCUGCCCUCCCUUCCUUCCAUCACCUCUUUUCCUGACCCAUCCCAUCUGGUCUUCAGACUGGAAGUUACCUAGAGAAUCUUUCUGGCCCUUGGGUCGAUUGGGCUGGAGCUCAGGGAGUGGGUGCCUACCACCCCCCCAGCAAAAUUGUACAUCCCUCUUUCCUAGCAUACCCAGGGUGUGAUGUGUUUGUGUGUGUGUAUAUGCAAGCAAGCAAAAAAAAAAAAAAAAAAAAGUAAAAGUGAGGAGCCCCAGAGCUUGUCCCCAGGAGCAGGCCUGAGGAGGGUUUGAGCUUGGGAUCAAAUGAGUGAGGGGGGUGGGGAGGCAGCAGGGAAUGGGAGCAUUAGGGGACAGGGCUGCCCCUAUAGGUAGUGUGCUGUCUGACCCUCCCUGAAUGUGGCCCACCUGAGUUGGAGCAGGUCAACCAGCACUGGUGGGAUGGAGGGGGAAGGACUUUGGCUAUCAAAUCUGCCACUCUUUGGAAGAGGAUCUGAGCCUUGGCCUGAAAGGGUAUGGGGGAAAGUGGCUGGUGCAGCCCCAAGCCAGGCUGGGUCUGAGAAAAAGAGCUGCGGGGACAGUAGGUGGAAUUGGAGCAGGGAAGUAACAUGGAGAGGGGCUGUGGAGGCCUGGGAUUGGGGAUUGGGGGUGGAGUGACUAGGGGAGAGGUGGGCAGAGGUGGCUGGAGUCCCCAGCUGAGAGCCCCACCCCUCACUCCUCCCCACAACCCCACUCUCUAACUUGGCUUCUCUUCCAAGCCCUCAGGACUGAGCUGGCUCAUCCUGGGGCCAGGGGUGGGGCUUCAGCCAUUCCCAACAAAAGUGGGGGCAAGUGAAAUGAGUCAUCAGGAAGGUCUUACAAGCAGAGAGGAUUGUUGGCCUGUUAUCCCAGAAGAGACUCUGGACCCCUCUGGUGGGGUGGAGGGUGGGUUAGGUCUGGCAGCAGAAGCGAUGCCCCUGGGCAGGGCAGAGAGACCUAGAGCCACCUGGUUCCAUCCCCUCAGUAACAGACACGACAGGGACAGGACCCAGGACCCAGCAGGAGCCUAUGGUGGGCCUUGCCCUAGGGGCUGAGGGAGAUGAGGAGGGACCUGCGUGGAGUGGUAGAUGGUCUGAGUGGGAGUAUGACUAGUUCUUAACCUGAAAUGGCUGGCCUUUGCUGGCUUGGUGUGUGAUGUGAUGAGUUUGGAGAAGACAGUGCCAGGGGUCACGUUGCCGCUCCUAAGCUCUGGGCCUCUGGGGGGCUCAGAACUCUAGGAGUCCCUGCCACCCUGACCUGGACUGGAAGCUGACUGGGAGAAAUAUGGGUCAGGAUGGCCUGGACACCUCCCCUUGGCCAGUGACACUGGUCUGGAUGACACGGAGGGCCCUGGGCCACCCCUAGGCUCCUCCCCUCAUCCUGUGUGUGCAAUAAAUCGCUGAUCUAUUGAGACGUGGUGGCUGAAA